AUGAAUGCGUUGCAUACUUCUGAAAGUAGAACAUAUUUUAGUUGUGACACAGUAUGCAAAGCCGAUGCAGAUAAUGGGAUACUUGCAGAUGUACACACCCCUGAAUUCUUAAACGGAAUUAGAGUUUCAGGUUUACCAAAUCAUUCAUUGACUUUGAAAAUUGGUUCACCGGUAAUGUUGAUGAGAAAUAUUGACCAUAGUAUUGGGUUGUGCAAUGGUACCAGACUGAUAAUCACCAAGUUAGCAGACCGUAUUAUUGAAGCAGAGAUAAUGACUGGUGCUAACAAAGGAAAUAAAGUUUUGAUUCCCCGAAUGUCCAUGUCCCCAUCCGAUCCAAGGUUGCCAUUCAAGUUUCAACGAAAACAAUUUCCGUUGAUGUUAUCAUAUGCAAUGACCAUUAAUAAAAGUCAGGGUCAAACAUUGUCACGUGUAGGAUUGUUACUAAAGAAAUCUGUGUUUGUACAUGGUCAGUUGUACGUCGCUGCAUCUCGGAUUAACAAUCCAAAUGGUCUAAAAAUAUUAAUUGCCAAUGACUCAAGUGGAACUUUUACAUCAACCACUAAUGUUGUAUAUCAUGAAAUUUUUAAUAAUUUGUAA